AUGGUUACUGAUGAGUUACCAACCUGGGAGCAACUACGAGAAUAUUUAGAGCACCGAUUCCGGUCGUUGGAGAUGAUCGACACUAACGUGACGCGUCCUAAUCAACCUGCCAAGCCUGUCACGAAAGCUAAAAUAUUUCACACUGCUAUUGAGAAUAAACAGAAGAGCAAUGAUGUUGAGUGUGCGAUGUGUCAUGAGAAUCAUUAUAUUUAUCACUGCAAGCGGUUCGGGCUAAUGACACCUAAUGAGCGACAAGAGUAUGUCCAGAGUAACCGACUGUGCUUCAACUGCUUAUCACCAACUCACGCAGCAUUGAAGUGUCGGCAGUCAAGUUGCAGAAAAUGCGGAAGGAGGCACCAUACCAUGCUACACUUCGAGCGAGUGGAGAAGGAGGCCAGGCGCGAGGCUGAGUUGACAGUUCCUGAGUGGUCAGAAAUUGGUCACUUACCUUUAGCUGAUCCUACAUACACGAAACCAGGUAAAAUAGAUGUACUUCUAGGUGCAGAGGUGUAUGCUGAAAUAUUGCAAGAUGGCUUGAUUAAGCAAUCUGAAGGGAGCCUACUAGCACAGAAUACCAUAUUCGGAUGGAUUUUAUCUGGAAGAGCGGCGAGAGGUCCUGAGGAACUAGCAAAGGCAAAUGUUAUGAGCAUGCAUGUACAAGUGAAAGAAGAUGACUUAUUGAAGAAGUUUUGGGAGAUGGAAAAUGAGCCUAACACAAUACACAAAGAGAUGACCAAGAGUGAGAAAAGGUGUGAAGAGAUUUUCGACGCAACGACAGUGAGAGAUGAUGAAGGAAGACUGGUGGUAAGGCUACCAUUUACAACAGAAGAUCCUAAGAGUCAAUAUGGCAAUUCAAAAGAGAUAGCUAUCAAGAGACUAGAGAUUUUAGAGAGAAAACUAAAGAGAGAACCUAAACUGAGAGAAGAAUACAAUAAAGUGUUUGAAGAAUAUUUGAGUUUAAAUCACAUGAGAAAGGUGAAUGAAAAUGAGCUUGAGAAUCCCAAGGCAGUCUACUUGCCUCACCACGCCGUAGUGAGAGAAGACAAGGAGACCACAAAGGUGAGAAUCGUCUUCGAUGCUUCGAGUAAAGGGACUAACAAUGUCUCGCUGAAUGACGAUCUACUCGUGGGUCCGAAGCUGCAGCAAGACUUGAGACACAUACUAAUGAGAUGGAGAAGGCACAAGGUGUGCAUCGUCGCGGACAUUGUGAAGAUGUACAGGAUGGUCCGUGUGGCUGAUGAAGACACCGAUUUUCAGCGAAUAGUUUGGAGAUUUUCAUCGGAUGAGUCACAACCUAUACAGCACUAUAAGCUGUUACGGCUAACUUUUGGAACAGCAUGUGCGCCAUAUUUGGCUGUCAAAUGCCUACAGAGACUUGCUGAGUUAGAAGAAUCUAAAUAUCCGUUAGCGGCAAAAUUAACAAGGCAAGAUUUCUAUAUGGACGAUCUAAUCACGGGAGCUGAAACAGAAGAUGAAGUUAUGAAUAUAUACAAUGAGAUGAAUGAACUAUUGAGAUCAGGAGGUUUUGAGCUACAAAAAUGGAACAGUAAUUCAGAGACAGUACUACAGAAGAUUAGGAAAACAGAGAAGACAGGACAGGAGCAAGAAAAAGGAUCUGAUUCAAUCAAACUAAACAAGAGUAUAAAGGUUCUUGGAGUGAGUUGGAAUAGAGACGCUGAUAGUUUCGAGUACAUGUUAAAGUUACCAGAGCCCACAGAUUCGAUAUCAAAGCGUAGAGGAGACAAAUGA